GCAGAGCAAGAUGUGAUAACUAACUAGGGCAAUACAUGAAAAUGGGGAAGGAAACAACACAAAAUCACCAGCAGAAAAAGUCUCAUCUUUAUGCACAUUUCCCCAUUCCUAAUACUUUGCUCAAGGUUUCUGUCAGCAGAGGAACGGCGCAUGAAAAGAAGAUAGACAAAGACGCUGCUGCCACACUUGUACAGUCUGUUUCAAACGAUGGGAGAAUUUGCAAAUGGGAGUAUCAUCAGUAAUUCCAGCGGAACACCCUCCUCCCCACCAUGCCACCGAGACACCAGGAUUAUCCACCUGGUGUUCCCAACACUGUAUACGUUUGUCUUCCUUCUGGGACUUUCACUGAACAGCUUGGCUUUUUGGGCUUUCUUCCAUAUUCCAAGCACAUCUACUUUCAUUGUCUACUUGAAAAAUACAGUAGUUUCUGAUUUUAUAAUGACUCUGAUGCUUCCUCUGAAGAUCCUUACAGACUCUGGCCUGGGACCGUGGCAACUCAAAGCAUUUGUGUGCCGCUUUUCAGCUGUGGUGUUUUAUGAAACCAUGUAUAUUAGUAUUGUACUACUUGGUCUCAUUGCUUUUGACAGGUUUCUCAAGAUUGUGAGACCUUUUGGGAAGUUCUGGGUGCAAAACGUCACCUCAGCAAAAAUCCUUGCAGGCCUGGUCUGGCUCUUUUUCUUUGUUCUCUCUCUGCCAAAUAUGAUCUUAUCAAACAGGAAAGCGACACCACGAGCCGUGAAGAAGUGUGCUUCGCUGAAGAGCAACUUCGGGCUCAAGUGGCACGAAGCUGUCAACUACAUUUGUCAGUUCAUCUUCUGGACCAUUCUAGUCCUCAUGCUGCUGUUCUACAUCGUUAUUGCCAAGAAGGUGUACGAGUCUUACACAAAGACACAGAGGAAAGAUAACAAAAGCCAACAAAAGAUAAAGGGGAAAGUAUUCAUUGUUUUUACUGUGUUUUUCCUGUGUUUUGCCCCAUUUCACUUCUGCAGGGUCCCUUAUACCCUAAGUCAGACCAGAGGCAGGAUGGACUGCCGCCUGCAGAACCAGCUUUUUGUGGCCAAGGAAAGCACGCUGUGGCUCGCCACCACAAACGUCUGCAUGGACCCUUUGAUAUACAUGUUCCUGUGCAAGCCAUUUGUAGAAAAGAUAUUAUGCAGAAGAUCGAAGAUGCUCAUGAAAGCAACGCAUACAAACCCCACACACGAGCCAGACACAAGAGCGUCAGCCACCGAAUCUUGAUUUUGCAGUUCCAAGUUCCAGAAUUUCCGCUUGCGUAUUUAUACAGAAGUUGAGA